AUGGACCUGCUUUGUUAUCAAUGUGGUCAAGAAGGGCAUGAUAAGAAGGAAUGUCCUGAUGAUGUAAUUCAGGGUAUUAAUGAUCAAAUAAUGGGAAGGCCAGAUGCUGGAACAGGUGAAAGAAAGAGGAUUGCUUCUAAAGUCAAGCCUUCUGUGAUUAAGUCCGAGUACGGCCCUUGGAUACAUGUUCAAUUUAAGAACAGACGACUUACCAAGGGAAGAGCGACUAGUAGAGGAGUGAAUGGGUAUAAUGGGAUUAGGUUGGAGAGCAUGGGAGACAAUUACCAAAAGGUUAUUGUGCAGAAGCAAAUUCAAAAAGAGAAGGAGAUUAUUGUUGCUGUGGACAACUCUGUAUUGGAUUCAAAGAACUGGCCAGACAGUGAAAAAGACUCUAUGGAAAAACCUGAGGAGAUUGAUAAAUUGAAGGAUACGGGUGUGGAAUUAAUUGAUCCAGUUUUGAUGAAUAAUGGCACGGGGGCUGGGAAGAAGGAGGAAUCAUUGAAUUUGAAGGAGAUUGUUAGAGAUCAGGAUGUUUUCUUUAUUGGGAAGGUUGUGUCUUUUGUGGUGAAGGAGACAUCUUCCCAAGUGAUUUUUGGGGAUCUUUAUGUUCCUAACUUGGGGUCUUGGAAGGUUGCCACAGUCUAUGGGAGUAGAUACUGCAAGGAGAGGGGGAGUCUUUGGAGCCAGCUUGAAAGGUGUAUGGAGGACUCUAUUCCUUCCAUCAUUGGUGGGGAUUUCAACUGUAUUUUGAACAAGGAGGAGAAGAGAGGAGGUAAGAGGUUCCUUUUUUCUGGAGGACCUAGAGAUAUGAAAUGUUUCAUGAAAAAUUCAGAUUUCCAUGAUGUGAGAAGCAUUGGACCAAGGUUUACUUGGUGCAACAACAAAGAAGGAGCCUCUCGGAUUUGGGAAAGGCUGGAUAGAUGCUUGAUGAACUCGGUUGCUCUUCAGAAGCUUCCUUUAGCUAUUAUUAGACAUCUAGUUAGAGUGGCAUCAGAUCAUAGUCCAAUUGUCUUCAAAUUGGAUGAAAGGGUGCGGCUCAAAUUGAAGACCAUCAGAUUUGAGGAUACAUGGAGAUCUUACCCAAUGCUAGGAGUAUUGUGUAUCAUUCAUGGAAGAAAGAUGACUUUGGUGAUGAAGGAAAAACUGAAAAGGGAAAUAUUGGAACUUCAAAACAAGGAGGCCUUGAGAGAAGAUUGGUCAGCUGACGAUCUUUUUUUGCUUAAGAGCGAAGUUCAUGAUCUUAAUGUGACAUUGAGAAGAUUGUCCACUCGGUGGAAUCAAAGGGCAAAAGCAAGGUGGCAUGAGGUAGGAGACACAAAUUCAAAGCUCUUUCAUAACUUUGCUACGGUAUUCAUCCAUUACUUUCAAGCAAAAUGGAAAUCCAGAGAUUGUGAAUUAUCGGGAUGGCCACUAGUUUCUGAGAACCAGAAACUAAACCCCGAUGAUGUUGCUGCGUUGAAUUCUGAGUUUUCUGUGAGUGAACUGCAGAUGUCAGUAUUUCAACAGGGGAAUAAUAGAUCACCAGAUACUCUAAUAGUCUUGAUUACUAAAGUGAAAAACCCAUUGAUCCCAUCUAACUAUAGGCCUAUUAGCCUAUGCCAGACUAAUUAUAAGAUAGCGGCUACAAUGUUAGUUAACAGAUUAAAGAAUUGUAUUUCCAAGAUGAUUGCUGAAGAGCAAAUGGCCUUCAUUCCAGGAAGAUCAAUUUCAGAGCAUUAUCUUCUAGCUCAGGAGAUCUUUCAUAAGUUCAAAAUCUCUAAAAGCAAAAAAGGGCUGAUGGCUAUAAUGUUUGAUAUGGAGCAAGCUUAUGACAGCAUGGGAUGGCCAACUCUUGGUCAUAUACUUAAAUGGUAUGGCUUUCCUUCUAUGUUUUCUAACCUUCUCAUGGAGUGUGUUGUAGAUGUGAGGUUUUCUAUCAUUAUUAAUGGAAAGAUAUCCAAAUGGAUUAAUGCUCAAAGUAGAUUCCGUCAAGGCUUUCCACUCUCUCCAUACCUCUUCAUCAUGUGCUCUCAACUGAUGUCUAACUCCUUAGAGCAGAGGGGACAAACUCUUGGUAUUCAAAUCUCUCCUAGAGGUCCAAAGAUCACACAUAUCCUUUAUGCAGAUGAUGUGCUAACUUCCUCACAUGUUUCCCUCGCCUUAGCUAAAGCUUUGAAGGUUAUUGUUGAAGAUUUUUCAAGUAGACAAACCAAAGGAUUAAUGUCAGCAAGUCACAGAUUAUUUUCGGCUAGGUCAUCAGAUACCCCAUGA